AUGGCCGCAACAGCUCGGUUCCUCGCCCUGCUCGCCUGCCUCCUCGGGCUGGCGAGCUUCGUCUGCGCGUCGACGGUGACACCGCUAAACAUUACAGCCCUCCCCGGCUGUGCUACCACUUGCAUAUUGCAAGAGAUGGGACGAUCCGAUUGCGGCUUUGCCAACCAGACAUGUCUCUGCGCCAACGAGGCCUACAACGACCUCGUCACAACGUGCGUUAUCGCAAACUGCACAAUCAAGCAGCAGCUCGUAACCAAGAACCAGACCCUGGCGGCCUGCGGGAAGUUAUCAGUAGACCAAACAGACACCACCCUCAAGGUGCUGCGCGUAACCCUCUUUAUCCUCCCAACCUUCUUCAUUGGCGUACGCUUAACAGGCAAACUCAUGAAACUCUCGACAUGGGGCUGGGACGACAUAACCAUCCUUGCUGCCUAUGUCAUCCUCGUAGGCUUCAUGCCAGCAAACUUUGCUAUUACACAGGCCGGCGCAGGAAGAGACAUGUGGACGCUCACUCCUACCCAGAUCUCCCAGGUUCUUCUAAUUAUAUAUAUCUUUAACCUACUCUACUUUACCUGCCUGUCGCUUAUCAAAGCCUCCCUUAUCCUAAUGUACCUACGCAUCUUCCCUGACCAGAAGAUCAGGAAGAUCCUGUGGGCUACACUGGCGUUGAAUAUUGCGCUCUGGACUGGCUACCUGGGCCCGGCCAUCUUCGUCUGCAGCCCUAUCAGCUUCUUCUGGGACGGCUGGAUGCAGGAGUCAGAGGGCCAGUGUAUUAACUACCACGCUACGUCUAUAUCGUAUGCCGUCUUCCAGCUUCUGCUUGACGUUAUCCUGCUUGUGACCCCAGCAACACAGAUCUGGGGCCUCAACAUGGGCCUCAAGAAGAAGAUUGGCGUGUACCUCAUCUUUGGCGCUGGCAUUUUCCUCACAGCCGUCGGUGCUUACCGGAUCAGAACGCUUGCCGAUUUCGCGACGUCUACCAACCCCACAGUCAACACGUACGAAUCCGCCGUCUGGUCCAACGUCGAGCUCUGCACGGGGGUAUUCGUGGCCUGUCUCCCUUCCACGCAACAGCUCUGGAAGAGGAUGGUCCCGAAAGUGGCCAACUUGACAAACGCCGGUUCCAAAGCGGCGGCCUCAAAGGCCUCGAACCACGGGUCCAAUUCCUGGGGGACGGGGGGCUACAUCAAGAGGCACCCGGCCGAAAAUAAAUCCUGGAUGACACGCAUGGUGGAGGAGACCAACAACGACAUCCCCCUCCGUGAGCACCGCAGCGUAAGCGCCGUGAGCCUAGUGGAAUCCCCAGACCGUCCUGAUAGGUCACUGCAUUCCAGCGAGGUAUAG